AUGACAACACCAGUACCGCAAUACAAGCCACCAAAGGAACUGCAGGAUCUGUUGGACAAGAAACAACAACAACAAGCAAAUCAACGUCGUCGCACAGCUGUUUUACCGAAACGCUCGUGGAUUCAGCGCAAUCCGCGUCUUUUUCAAAUAACAUUCUUAACAACUUCGCUGCUCGUGUUCUUCUCCAAGCCGCUGUACGACGCCUUCAUUGCUGAUCCAUUGCCAUUAAAAGGGCCAGCUGUGCCUCCACACAAACGAUAA